AUGGUCAACAUUCCUAAGACCCGCCGGACUUACUGCAAGUCCAAGGAGUGCCACAAGCACACCCAGCACAAGGUCACCCAGUACAAGGCUGGCAAGGCCUCCCUGUUCGCCCAGGGUAAGCGUCGUUACGAUAGAAAGCAGAGUGGUUACGGUGGUCAGACCAAGCCUGUCUUCCACAAGAAGGCUAAGACCACCAAGAAGGUUGUCCUGCGUCUUGAGUGCACUGCUUGCAAGGCCAAGAAGCAACUCGCCCUGAAGCGCUGCAAGCACUUCGAGCUUGGUGGUGACAAGAAGACCAAGGGUGCUGCUCUUGUCUUCUAA